AUGGCUGAACAAAAUUCUCCAUCACUAAUUGAAGUUGUAAAACAAGUAGCAGAGCAGCAGCAUUCACAAGCAUCAGAGAUAGAAAAAAGCAAAACAGUUCUUUUCCAAUUGCAGGCAAAGUUUCAGCAACUAGAAAAAGAGAUGGAUUCUAUUCUGUUAGAAACGAAGACGACAGAAAGGGAAAUAUAUCUGCAAGAUGAUGCCAUAGAAGUGACAAAAUAUCACUGUGAAAAUCUGGAGGCCCAAGUCAGAGCCCUAUAUUCUGAAAAUUUAAAGCUGAGGCGUGAUGCAGAAACAGUACAAGAAGAGUUUGAGACAACAUUUGCAAGAAAUAAUGAAUAUCGGGAAAAAAUAAAGGCUCAUAAACAUCUCUUUCGGGAGACGGAAAGUAAAAUGCCAGUUAUGAUUCAGCUUGCUAAAAAGAAAGCUGUUGUUAAAGAAUUAAAGACAAAGAAAGAGGAGUUAAUGCGUGAUCUCCAGAAUCCACAAGGAUCUGUUAUAAAACAAGUGCAGGAAGAAAUUACACUUUUAAAAAGGGAAAUCACAACAUUGAAAGAGUUCAUCAAUAAAAAAUCAGAUUUUCUGGAAGAAGAGAAAAAAAUGCAUGCUAAGCUUAGAAAAGAAAUUGAGGUACAGAAUAAAAGAUACGAUGCUAUUCUAAAACGUUUGCAUUGCCAACUGAACAAACUCCAUUCAAGUAAAAGACAAUGGCACUGGAACGUUCAGCAGUUGGAGAAGAAGGCAGCAGAACUAAGAAAGUGUCUUGGAGUAGUGGAGUUACAAAGUAGCAUAUAA